UUCGCUGAACUCUCAAGAAUCACACAGGAAUCGCGCUCACUGAGAGAGAGGGGUCGUCGUCGUUACUGUGGAGAAUGGGGACGUCGGUGCAGGUGACACCACUGUGUGGUGCUUACAACGAAAAUCCUUUGUCCUACUUGGUCUCCGUUGAUGGCUUCAACUUCUUGCUCGACUGCGGUUGGAAUGACCACUUUGAUCCUUCCCUACUUCAACCACUGUCCAGAGUAGCUUCGACUGUAGAUGCUGUUUUACUGUCGCAUCCCGAUACGCUACACCUUGGUGCUUUGCCGUAUGCCAUGAAAAAUCUCGGACUCUCUGCUCCAGUGUACUCGACAGAGCCAGUGCAUAGAAUGGGACUUCUCACCAUGUACGAUCAAUAUCUGUCACGGAAGGCAAUGUCAGAGUUCGAUUUGUUUACUUUGGAUGAUAUUGAUUCUGCUUUUCAAAUUGUGACCAGGCUAACAUUCUCUCAGAAUCAUCAUCUGUCUGGAAAAGGAGAGGGUAUUGUGAUUGCUCCUCAUGUUGCCGGCCAUCUAUUGGGAGGUACCAUCUGGAAAAUAACAAAGGAUGGAGAAGAUGUUAUAUAUGCUGUUGACUUCAACCACCGGAAAGAGAGGCAUUUGAAUGGAACUGUUCUAAAUUCUUUUGUCCGGCCCGCUGUUUUAAUUACUGAUGCCUAUAAUGCUCUGAACAAUCAGCCUUUAGCACGGCAUAGAGAAAAAGAAAUUCUAGAGAAUACUAUUGUAAAGGCUCUAGAAGCUGGUGGAAAUGUGCUGCUACCCGUCGAUACUGCUGGGCGAGUGUUGGAACUUGUUCUAAUAUUAGAACAGUUCUGGGCACAACGCCUCUUAAAUUAUCCCAUCUUGUUCCUCACUUACGUCACAACAAGCACGAUUGAUUACGUCAAGAGUUUCCUGGAGUGGAUGAGUGACUCCAUUGCUAAGUCUUUUGAAACUACACGUGACAAUGCUUUUCUUCUGAAGCAUGUCAGACUUCUAAUUAACAAGAGUGAACUUGAUAAUGCUCCAGUUGGCCCAAAGGUUGUUCUAGCAUCCAUGGCUAGUUUGGAAGCUGGUUCUUCUCACGAUAUAUUUGUUGAAUGGGCAGCUGAUCCGAGAAACCUUGUGCUUUUCACUGAAAGAGCGCAGUUUGGCACCCUAGCUCGCAUGCUUCAGGCAGAUCCACCUCCAAAAGCUGUUAAAGUAACCAUGUCUAAGAGGGUUCCUUUGGUUGGGGAGGAGUUGUUUGCCUACGAAGAAGAGCAAGAGCGAUUGAGAAAAGAAGAAGCUCUAAAAGCUAGUCUCAUCAAAGAGGAGGAGGCAAAAGCUUCCCACAUACCUGACAAUAAUAUGAGUGAUCCAAUGGUUAUUGAUGCUGGCAAUGCACAUACUUCAUUGGAUGCGGCUGGUUCACAAGGGGGCAGACAUUGGGACAUAUUAAUCGAUGGAUUUGUUCCUCCACCCACCAGUGUCGCUCCAAUGUUUCCUUUCUAUGAGAAUGUGUCUGAUUGGGAUGACUUUGGGGAAGUCAUAAAUCCUGAUGAUUAUGUGAUCAAGGAAGAAGACAUGGACCAAUCAGCAAUGACUAUUGGUGGGGAUAUGGAUGGAAAGCUUGAUGAAGGAUCUGCUAGUUUAAUACUUGAUACAAAGCCUUCAAAAGUCGUGUCCAGUGAGUUAACUGUGCAAGUGAAGUGUUCAUUGAUUUAUGUGGACUAUGAGGGUCGUUCUGAUGGUCGCUCAGUCAAAUCAAUUCUUGCCCAUGUGGCUCCUCUAAAACUUGUUUUGGUGCAUGGAUCUGCGGAGGCCACAGAGCAUCUUAGGCAGCAUUGCAUGAAGCAAGUGUGUCCUCACGUUUAUGCUCCUCAAAUUGAAGAAACAAUUGAUGUAACAUCUGAUUUGUGUGCUUAUAAGGUGCAACUUUCUGAGAAGCUGAUGAGCAAUGUGCUCUUUAAGAAGUUAGGAGAGUACGAGAUAGCUUGGGUUGAUGCUGACGUAGGGAAGACUGAGAACGGCAUGCUGUCUAUACUACCCAUAUCAGCCCCUGCUCCACCACAUAGUUCCGUCCUUGUUGGUGAUCUAAAACUGGCUGAUUUCAAGCAGUUUCUUUCUGGCAAGGGUGUCCAGGUUGAAUUUGCUGGUGGUGCACUGCGAUGUGGGGAGUAUGUGACACUACGCAAGGUUGGGCAUGGAAGCCAGAAGGGUGGAGGAUCUGGUACUCAGCAGAUUGUGAUUGAAGGCCCGCUCUGUGAGGAUUAUUAUAUGAUUAGAGACUAUUUGUAUUCACAAUUCUAUCUGCUUUAAGUUUAAAUGGUAUAGACCACCCAUGAUUGGGUUUCACUUUUUACUGGCAUUAGACCCUGCCCUCAUGGCUUUCCAUGAGAUAAUAUAUGUAUUGAACAUUUUGAUUAUCCAAUGUUAAAAGUUUUGAGACAAAA